AUGCAGCAGCUGAGUCGAAGACAUGCGGAGUCGGAAAUCGAGAAGGACGCCGCUGCUGCGGAUGUCAGCGAGGAGGCCUUCGAGGCUGCCGCGGAGGUGGGACCGCUUCUUUGUGAGAUUGACCGCCUCACCGAGCAAGGCAUCGGCGCGGCGGAUAUCGCGAAACUAAAACAGGCCGGCAUCUACACCGUCCCUGGGAUCCAAAUGCAAUGCAAAAAAGAUCUCGUGCUUAUUAAAGGGCUGUCCGAAUCUAAAAUUGACAAGAUCAUCGACGCCGCGCGGAAGCUGGUUGAUUCUGGCUUCAUCACAGGCACCGAGUGCUUGCAGCAGCGGGCGCUGGUGGUGCACAUCACGACGGGCAGCUCUGCGCUCGAUCAGCUUCUCGCGGGCGGCAUCGAAAGCCGCUCCAUCACGGAGGCUUUUGGGGAGUUUCGUACCGGGAAAACGCAGAUCGCGCACACCUUAUGCGUUACUUGUCAGCUCCCCACUCGGAUGGGGGGUGGGAACGGCAAGGCGGUGUACGUCGACACCGAGGGGACUUUCCGACCGGAGCGGAUCCGCCCGAUCGCGGCGCGUUUCGGCCUCGAUCCGGAUGCGAUUCUCGACAACAUCCUCGUCGCCCGCGCGUACACGCACGAGCAUCAGUUUCACUUGCUUUCCAUGGUCGCCGCGAAGAUGGCGGAGGAGCCGUUUAGCCUCCUUGUCGUGGAUAGCAUCACCGGGCUCUUUCGCGUCGAUUUCAGCGGCCGCGGCGAGCUGGCGGAGCGUCAGCAGAAGCUCGGUCGGAUGAUGAGCCAGCUGUUAAAAAUCGCCGAGGAGUUCAACGUGGCGGUGUACAUCACGAACCAGGUCGUCUCGGAUCCCGGAGGCGCUUCCAUGUUUGUGGCCGAUCCAAAGAAGCCAAUAGGGGGCCAUGUGCUCGCGCACGCCUCGACAACGCGACUUUCACUUCGAAAAGGACGUGGCGACCAACGGAUCUGCAAAAUUUACGAUAGUCCAUCCUUGCCAGAGCUGGAAUGCACCUAUAGCAUCUCCGAUCAAGGUAUCAUUGAUGUUCUUGAAUAG